AUGGAUAAAGAAGAAGAAAUUCCUCUGCAUUCAGCAAAAGGUCUUGUUCGACGACUGAAAAAUGCUAAUAAUCGCCUUUCCAGAAACACUGAUGUAUUUUCGCUGCACUUUGAGAGUACGAAAGAUCUCCAAACGGCAAACAAUCAUGGUGAUCCAGAUUAUUUUCAACUUGAUGAGUUCGACGAGAUGACUAUGCAAGAUCAAGAUGAAGAAACUAGCGCCAGUUCGAAUGCAUCAGAACAUUGUAUGGAUCAUGAAUGUGAUGCAAGCAUAUACCGGGUGCUUUCGGAUGACGAUGACGAUAAUAAUAAUAAUAAUAAUGAUGAUGAUGACAAUGAUAAUGAAGAAAUAAAUUCAUUUCAGACAUCAGAUGAUGCUGCCAAUAAUGAGGUCCGAUCUGGUCUACCUAAUUCUAGAGAGAUUUCUAUUGCUCUUUCUCUUUUUCGACAUAGACAUAAUCUGUCAAAAUCAUGUGUGAAUGAUUUGUGUGAAUUACUACGUUAUCUAGGUGUCAAAAACGUACCAACUGAUUUUCGUACCAUACAACGAAACAUUCUAAAAAAUCAGGAGAACAUUUUGCAAGGUAAAAAGUAUAGUGUUUGUUCUAAAUGUGGCAAAAAAGGAAAUAUCAAAUCAAAGUGUGAAAAUACUAAGUGUACAUCAAGUGUUAAUCAUCAAUCAAUUUCAACAGAGUUAUGUACUUUUAAACUACUCCCACAGAUAACAUCGAUUUUGGAACGGCAUGCCGUACUACCUCAACCAGAUAACGAUUGCUCAAGAAUAAGUGAUGUGCAAGAAGGUGCAGUGUGGCGCAAUAUUUUUUCUCAACAACUAGUGGCUGACCCAAAAAGACAAAUAGUAACAUUUCUUCUAAAUAGCGACGGCAUCGUCUUGAAAAAAAGCAGUCGCUCUAUUUGGGUCAGCUGCAUGAUUAUUAAUGAAUUGCCGCGAGCUAUUAGAUUCAACAUCAACAAUGUCAUAAUUUGUUCUAUAUCCAUUGGCUCUAACAAACCAAAGAAAACUGAAUUUCAAAGUCACAUUUCUGAUUGGGUGCGCGAAUUACGUCAGCUGGAACUCGGUUUUUAUGUUUCUCCACCGAAUUCAAAUAGAAUAUUUCUUAAAACACAUACUUACUUAAUUGCAGCAACACUUGAUAAACCAGCACAAGCACUAUUGAUGAAUAUGAAUGAUCCUGUAGGCUUCUAUAGUUGUGUUCGAUGUACUAUUAAAGGGAAGUCCGUACAAAGUGGCAAUGGAUCCAUUCGUGUUUUUAUUCGAAAUACAGAAGAUAAUAUUGAAGAUAGAAACAAUGCGUUGUACGAUAAGCAUCUUUUGAUAUUGUCACAAAGAAGAUCAAAAUUAAAAACAAAUGAAUACGAUCCUGCUUGUGGUCGUCAAGGUGUUUGUCUCUUACGGGAUUUGUCAUAUUUUAACAUUGGUCAAUCUUGCACUGCAGAUUCGCUUCACAAUGUUUAUGCUGGGACAUUUAAACGCUUAUUGGAAUUAUGGUUUAAAUCUCGUCGUCAACCAUUUUCUAUACACAAAAGUUUACACAUAAUCGAGGCUCAGCUGGACUCAAUUCGUUAUCCAUCAACAACAUAUCAUGUACCGUCUCAGCUCAGACAUUUUCAAACAUAUAAAGGCAAUGAAUAUCGACUGGUUUUGCUAUUCGGUUACCAGUAA